CCAAAUUCCUACACCAAAAUUAUUUUAAAACUUUAAGUGAAUAAUACAAUUCUCCAGAGUUAUUGUUUUUUAAAAAAAGAAUGUAUGUAACAAUUAUAGCUUUCAUGUUAAAUUUGCAAACACUGUGAUCUCAUGGAAGUUAAAAACAUAAUGGUGGUUACCAGAGGCUAGGAAGGCAUGAUGGAAGGGAGGGUUGGAGAACGAUUGAUUAAAGGGUACAAGGAUAUAGCUAUAUAGAAUUUAGAAGUUCUAGGUUUCAACUGUAGAGUAAAAGUAACUACAGAAAAUGUUCAUGUAAUACAUAUUUCUCAGGGAAAAAAAUUAGAAGAUAAGAUUUUGGAUGUUUUCACUAUAAAGAAAUUGUAAGGAAACAGGGAGCAGAACAGAUAGGAGACAGGAUAUGAACCCACAGUCAAAACACAUUUAUUCAAGGGAAAAUAAAUUCUCAGAAGUGGCCAAUUGCUAGUGUACAUACAAACCAAAAACAAGGCAGCAGCACUGUCUUCCUGUGGACUGAGCCCUUUAUAUCUUAGGGUGGGCUAAGGUGCAGAGGAAAGGUAGGCAGUAGUCAGGGUGAGUUUCUUCCUAUAGGUUUUUCAGGUUUUUUGUGGGCUUCUAAGCUUAGAAAAGAAUGCAGAAGGUGGGGUAGGGAAGAGUACAGGGUGGGGACUGAACUGGUCUCUUGAAAGAAUGCAGGGGUAAAAGAAUCCAUCUGAUUUAUUUUCAGGCAAAGAACUAAAAUGGCUGGGGCUUAUAUCCUUGCUCCAUCAGAAAUGUUAAAUGUCUGAAGACAUAAAAUAAUAACUGAAAUAAAUGAAACAGAACUCUAGCAACAAUUGGAUUGGGAAUUGUAUAUCACAGAAGAGGAUAUAGAUUUAGAGUUACAGUGAGCAUUUAAAUAUAAAAUUAAAUUUAAAUACAAAUUUAGCUUUUUGUGCUGAAAUUUUCCAUUGCAUUCUUAAGUCCACCAAAUUUAGGCAGGCCCUUACUCUUCCUUAUUUCACAAACAGAUUAAACAAUUUAGCUCUGUCUUUAACUUUGCUGCCCAUAAAGGCCUAUCUAAAUUCCUUAAUAAUCAAUACACUUUUGAUAUAGCUUCUUGAUUCUUCAUUAAUCUAUAACAAUAUCCAUGCAUAAAUUAAUUUUUAAUUAAUUUUUUAAUCUAAUAAUAAUUGCAUUCUACCAUUAGUGGGUGAUUAUCAAUGUUGUCAUUUAUGGUUGACCCUUUUAAAAGCAUUAGAAGGGAAGAAACAAAAAACUGAAAAAUAAGUAGCAUAAUUUGUUAAUAACAAAUUAACACAGUUAGUCAGAUGAAGCAUAUCAGUGAAAAUAACAGUGUCUCUUUAACUAUGCUUGUAUUCCCUUCCUAGGUCUUUUCUGUAUUAUGAGAUUAAGGAAUGGAUUUUCUGUUCUCCAAGAAAUAAGCAACAAACUAUGAAGGAAGUUAGAGUCUCUCAUUGGAAGCAAGAAAACUCCUGUAAAAAAUGUGUCUAUAACCAAUUCCACCCAAUAUGACCCAUUGGAACAAUACACAAUUUCACCCUUCCUUCUUCUUUCUCAUGGGGAUCCAAGGACUGGAAGAUAAGCACAUCUGGAUUGGCUUCCCCUUCUUUGCAGCAUAUCUAAUAGCUCUUCUGGGGAACAUCACUGUCUUGUUUGUGAUCCAGACUGAAUGCAGCCUCCACCAACCCAUGUUUUACUUUUUGGCCAUGUUGGCCUGUACUGAUCUGGUUCUGUCCACAGCCACCAUCCCCAAGAUGCUGGGAAUUUUCUGGUUCAAUCUCAGGGAGAUUGUGUUUGGCGCCUGCAUCACACAGAUGUACAUCAUCCAUAUAUGCACUGGCCUGGAGUCUGUGGUGCUGACAGUCAUGGCCAUAGAUCGCUAUGUUGCCAUCUGCAACCCCCUGAAGUAUAGCAUAAUCCUCACCAACAAGGUGAUAACCAUUCUGGGCAUAGUCAUCAUUGUGAGGACGCUGGUGUUUGUGACUCCAUUCAUAUUUCUCAUCCUGAGACUGCCUUUCUGUGGUGUCCAAAUUAUUCCCCAUACCUAUUGUGAACACAUGGGCUUGGCAAAGUUAGCUUGUGCCAGUAUUAAAGUCAAUGUUAUCUAUGGCUUAGUUGCAUUCUCAGUGGGAUACAUUGACCUUUCUGUGAUUGGAUUUUCCUAUGUUCAAAUCCUCCGAGCAGUGUUCCAUCUCCCAUCCUGGGAUGCCUGAUUCAAGGCACUCAGCACAUGUAGCUCUCAUGUGUGUGUGAUGCUGGCCUUCUACCUCCCAGCCCUCUUUUCCUUCAUGACACACCGUUUUGGUCACAACAUCCCUCAUUACAUUCACAUACUUUUGGCUAACCUGUAUGUGAUUGUCCCCCCUGCACUUAAUCCUAUUAUCUAUGGGGUCAGGACAAAACAGAUAAGACAGAGGGUACAAAGGAUGCUUAACCCUAAAAGCUUAGCAUUCAGCCUUAAGAGUAUCUUCCAUAAUAGUUAA